AUGCACAGUGAAGAUGGUGACCUCUGGGAGUCAUUCGCCCACUAUGUUACAAAAGCGGAUGGGACUGUCAACUGUAAGUGAUGGUUAAACUUCCACAAGACAACUUUUUUCCAUUUGUUGAUGUUUUACUUUUAUUGGAAGGCACCUGGUAACCUUCUCCUCUCUCUGGUCCGCUAACUCCUUGAACAGUGACUCAAGAUCACUCAGUUGGGGGUUCUUAUUUGGGCUAUGAGCCAAUGGGGCUGUUUGUGAAUCUGCAGCCAGCUCCUGGAGAAAGAGAAGGAUUGAGGUAGGGUUGAUGGCCAGUUUUCAGACUGCUAGAACCCUGCAUUUAUAAGAAAACAUCAUAUGAAAAAGCUUACCUGUCAUCAUUUCUUGACUGAAAUCUGCUUUGGUCCAUGAGGCUGAGGAAAAGAAAUGUUGAGACUCCAUAUGAGGUGCUUCUGUCCUUACUGGAGGGCCAUGUGUCACUGAGCAAAGGUCAAAGCAGUGAGCUUGCUGCAGUAACCACUGAGCGCUGGUACAUGGCACCAGGUGUGAAGAGAAUAGACGUUCGUCAGGAUGGAAUUGUAGGAACUUUGUUUUUACCACCUGGUGAGCAUAAAAUGUGUCAAUCCACCUUCACAUUACAAGACUGUUAUGUCAAGAGUUUGUACCUUGAAUGAUACUUGUACUGAUGCCUUGCAGGUCCUGGCCCUUUUCCUGCCAUGUUAGACCUGUGGGGAUUGGGUGGAGGACUGGUGGAGUAUCGCUCAGCCCUGUUGGCAUCCAAGGGCUAUGCUAGCCUGUCGCUAGCUUACUUUAAUCACCAGGACUUGCCUGGUCCGAAAAAACGGUUAAAUGUGGGUGAUUCUUAUUGCAAGGUAAGAAGAGAUGCAGAAUUUAUCUUGUUGGCCUUGCAUCAUGUGCACCUCUCACUUUAAAAAAAUUAAACUGUAGUUUAGUUGUUUCUUAAAACUCUAAAAAAAUGUUGUGUAUUAACAGGCUGCUUUCCAACUUCUACAAGAUCAUCAUCAGGUCUGUGCAGACAGGGUUGGGAUCAUCGGGCUCUCCUUUGGAGUCUUACUUGCUCUUCGAAUAGCGACCCGAACUGGUCUCAGAGUAUGUCAGUAUGGUCUCUCUGUUGGCCAUUUUAAGUCUACAGAAUGAUCAAAAUCACAGCUGCUUGUGAGAAAAGAGAGUUUACAAAUUCUUGUAUGAAGUUUGAUAAGGUAACACUGACUGCAGAUUCUUCUUUUUAGCCAUCCUGUCUGAUUUGUGUAAACGGCCCAGUGGGAAGCUCCUUCAAGAUCCCAGAUGAUGAUGAUGAUGAUGAUGGCUCAUCUGAAGAGACAGAAGGGUGA